GAUGCACCAACGCGUGCUUUCUUUCUUUUGUCGCACGCCACCAUCAGAUAUAACUACGUAUAAUGGAAACAGCCAAAUAAAAGAACCCUCGAGAUAAUUGGUUCCACAGUUGGUGCAGUCAUAACCUCCUAUCGACCAAUUGGUUCAUCCACCGGGUUGACCGACCAGCUCGAUUAUUGAUAGAGAGACAAUACCACCUCAACCAACCCCAAUCUGAGUCUCAUACACACUUCUUACCUCCGCCAAGACCGCUUUGAGCUUCUUCAAGAAGAAGGAGGGUGCAACCGCAAGCAUGCCUGCAACACGCUCCGUGCGAUCGUUCGCGGCCUCGCACCAAGGACAUGGACACGUGCAUGGCGGCAACGGGCCACCGUCACCGACGCUAACCGCGACGACGCGCGCCUCGCUAGACUUUCCCUACCGGCCCGCUGUCCUCGUCACACGCGCAGACUUGCGCGCAUCGGUUCAAGCCUACGAGCGCGUCCUGGGCGCCUGCAAAGCGUAUACCAACUCGAUGCUCGUCCUCUCACACGCCAGCGCCGACCUGGCCUCUGCGCUCCAAGAAUGCAGCAAGGUCAAAGGCGCUCACGAGCAGGCGGACAAGCUGCAAGCGUGCGGGGGACUUCACUUCCUCAUAAGCAAUUACAGCCAGGUCCUCGCCGAUAGCUUUUGGAAAGACUUCCAGAUCCCGCUGUUGGAAAGCUUUGAUGCGUACAGGCAGGCUUGCAAUGAGCGGCAGCUGCUACAUGAAAAGCAAAUUCUCGAGAAAUCACGUAUGCUUAAAGAGACAGAGGCAAGGAACAUGAAACUCGGAUCCAAAGGCGGACGAGGAAAGGGUGCCGAAGGUGGGCGUGACCUCAACAGCUUCCGCAGAGCGCUCGCAGAGCUGCAAAGACAGGUGGACGAGCUGGACGAGCUCAAGGCAGACUACUACAAUGAAGUGCUAGAGUCCGAGCAAGAGAUGUGGGAGUUCAUCCAAUCAAAAGUCACGCACCUCGUCCGGUCGCAACUAGAGAUCUACGAUCGAAUCUCCUCUAAGGGCCUGUCCGACCCCGUCCUCGAGCCUCUACUUGCCAGCAUCCCGGAUCCAUUCGACUCGUACGGUCCACCCAAAUCGGAAGACCAGAUUUUUAGCAUCUUGCCUCCCACCAGUUUGCUCGGCGCCAGUGCAAGUGGGUCUGGGGGCGCUGGCGGGAGCCAUACAGGGAGUGGGGCGGUGACGCCAGCGAGGCUUGUAGGAGCAGGAGGACCUCCUGAGGAAGAGCUUGGUAUCUCCAAGGAUGGGUCGGCAGCGCGUGACGAUGUAGCAGACCCGGCAGGAGCAGAGCCUUCCACUCUAGCAAAUGGGGUGAAUGGCACCGCUUUACAUUCUUCACCAACUUCGACAGUGGCAGCAGCAGGGCCAGAUACAAAUGCAGGUACAUCAGGAGAGAGCGUCAAGCGGAGCAACUCUCUCUUCGGCACGCUGCGCUAUGAGGACGGGCGGCGCAAGGGCGACGGGUCCGGCGAGAACGACGACGAGGAAGAUGAUGGAUUCCUCGCCUCAUCCACUUCUUCUACCUCUCGCAAAUCCAGUAGCAAUGGCAACAGCGGUACAUGCGCGAGCAAUGGAACGACUAACGAGCCAGCUCCGGCAGCGCAGCGGGAGCGCAACAAACACCCGCUCAGCAUCAUUCAGGAGGACGCCCCCGCCAGCGCUGUUGUAUCAGCAAUAUUGCCUUCAGCACCAGCAGCGCUUGCACCCGACAAGGAAUGCCACUCGAAAACUGCCUCUGCUGGAUCUGCAGCUGCUGCAGCGUCUGCAGUGGAUAAGGAGAAGCACACUAAAGUCCAGGAAACGACGGAGGAAGGAGAUGACGAGGGAAAGGAGGAGGGAAAGGAGGAGGGAAAUGAGGAGGGAAAUGAGGAGCCAGUAGUAGCUGCAACUGCGUCGGCAGAUACGAGCACUAGCGAGCAGCAAGGCGACGCCGAUCUUGAGUAGCAUCGAGACGACCUUCAGAAGGCAAUCGACCCUUUACCCUUCCCUCCGGUCAUACUUCAUGGACCGCAAACGCGCGAGCAGCACUCGCUUGAAGACAGCAGCAGCAGCCUUGACGCCUCGUGCCAAGCACUACGGUUGAUGUCGAUACAACCUUACUCACGAUCACGUGUGCAAUAAUGACAACGACACAGCGACAUUCUGGAUCGCCUCCCGACAUACGCCAAUGACUGACUCGCAAAGAGCGAUACCCAUGACAUUUCCCCUUGCUGUCUCGCUUGCCUGAUCAGUGCAAGCCACUGCUGUACUUAUACGCUUCAAAAUCCACCGUACCUAAUCUCAAUCUGC